GUUUCUCAAGGAAGAUGAAUUUGGCUGAGAUUUGUGAUAAUGCUAAAAAAGGAAGGGAAUAUGCACUUCUUGGAAACUACGACUCUUCUAUGGUUUAUUAUCAGGGUGUCAUCCAGCAAAUUCAAAGACAUUGUCAGUCAGUCAGAGACCCUGCACUGAAGAACAAGUGGCAACAGGUUCGGCAAGAAUUAUUGGAAGAAUUUGAACAAGUAAAAAGCAUUGUCAAUACUUUAGAAAGUUUUAAAGUAGACAGACCUACAGAUAUUCCAGUAUCUUACCAGGAUGAACCAUUUAGAGAUCCAACCGUUUGGCCACCUCCUGUUCCAGCUGAGCACAGAGCCCCACCCCAGAUAAAACGGCCUAACCGAGAAGUGAAACCCUUGAGAAGAGAAUCGCCAGGGUUGCAGCGAGGCCCUGUGGGCAGAGCUCACCCAAUCUCAAAAAAUGAGAAGCCUGCCAGCAGCCGGGAGAGGGAGGUUAAAGCUAAAGGAAAAGAUGAGAAGGGAAAGAAGAUUUUGCAGGAUGGUGCUGGUGAAGAUAUUCAGAAAUUUGAUGGUGGAGGAUAUGACAAAGAUCUGGUUGAAGCUCUUGAAAGAGACAUUGUGUCAAGGAAUCUAAGUAUUCAUUGGGAUGACAUAGCAGAUUUGGAAGAAGCCAAGAAAUUAUUAAGGGAAGCAGUUGUUCUUCCCAUGUGGAUGCCAGAUUUUUUCAAAGGGAUCAGGAGACCUUGGAAGGGAGUGCUGAUGGUCGGUCCUCCAGGAACUGGGAAAACCAUGCUAGCCAAAGCUGUUGCCACUGAAUGCGGGACAACCUUCUUCAACGUAUCUUCCUCUACUCUGACUUCUAAAUACCGAGGAGAAUCUGAAAAAUUAGUCCGCUUGUUAUUUGAAAUGGCCAGAUUUUAUGCACCCACCACCAUUUUCAUUGAUGAAAUAGACUCUAUCUGCAGCCGCAGAGGCACAUCUGAUGAACAUGAAGCAAGCCGAAGAGUAAAGUCUGAGCUCCUUGUUCAAAUGGAUGGUGUAGGUGGAGGUCUUGAGAAUGACGACCCUUCCAAAAUGGUGAUGGUGUUGGCUGCCACCAAUUUCCCCUGGGACAUUGAUGAAGCUUUGAGAAGGAGGCUGGAGAAAAGGAUUUAUAUACCAUUGCCAACAGCAAAAGGCAGAGCAGAGUUGCUGAAGAUUAAUCUUCGGGAAGUAGAUAUGGAUCCUGACUUAAAUCUGGAAGAAAUUGCUGAGAAGAUUGAAGGCUAUUCUGGUGCUGACAUUACCAAUGUUUGCAGGGAUGCCUCUUUGAUGGCAAUGAGGCGGCGUAUUAACGGCUUAAGCCCUGAAGAGAUUCGUGCACUGUCUAAAGAAGAGCUUCAGAUGCCCGUCACCAAGGGGGACUUUGACUUGGCUCUGAAGAAAAUCUCUAAGUCUGUUUCGGCUGCAGACUUGGAGAAAUAUGAAAAGUGGAUGUCAGAAUUUGGAUCUGCUUAACCUUGGGAUGUCUCUUCCCAGUGGAUUGUAACUUUCCCAUUUUAGAAUGUUGAGCAUAGAAAUCUUGAGUUUUACCUAUGGACAAGAUACUCCUUUAAAACUUUUAAAUUUUUUUUUUGCACUUUAAAGGGAACAAAAUAAAAAUGUUACACAGUGAGAUCAUGGUAUUUUGUGGAUGACUACUAAAAUCUGUAAAUGUAGCAAUGGAAACCCUCUGCAUUUGUAGCUGCCUGCACUUUAACUGUAAAUACCAGUGUCCUGAUUUUCACAUGCUAAUCUUUCAUGGCUGCUAUCUGCCAACCAGAUAUGGGAUUGUGUAGGAAAAAGCUAUCAGGCUCCUUGUGAUGUAUGCCUGUGAUGCUAGGACAUAUUGUAUAUCUAGUUAUAACUGGAUUUCAUACCACUUGAACAUAAAACAAGUUUUUAUUCUGCACUUCUGCCUCCAUUAGGGAGCUCUUCAGUGUGAUCGAAGAUAAAAAUACCAAGGUUCGCUUUACACUGCAGACAUGUUGCCAUGGCUACACUGGUAUUUGCUGGAACACAAUUAAACACCAUACUGUAAAACUGAGACUCCUGUCUCUAAAUGUGCAAUAUACACAUGUACAUUGCUAUGACCAGCUGCACCUCUUUGACACAUUCUGUUGCUGAGUGUUUAGAAAUGUAUGUUUCCGUCUUACACUUUAUCUGUUUACUACAGCCAGUGGGUUUAAUGUGGCCAUCAUAAUUGCUGUGUAAAGUGUGAAGUGGUACUGGAGACCUUUCCAAAAAAGCAGGUAAUGAUGCAAAAAAACCCCACCAAAAAAUCUCAGGGCUGAUUUUCCUCUCAACUCAUUUUAUAUUUGUGUUAAAUACAUUACUUUUAUGGAAUAUAGUGCCAUCCUUUGAUUUGUCACUUGUUACAUCGUGUUAAGCAAGAUGGAAGAUUAGCUUGCAGUCUUUUGGCUAGCUAGAGGCCUGCUUCACUCUGGUGGUUACAGUUGUUUCACCUGCCAGUGCUAAAUUAAACCCAUGCAGAUCUUGUCCAGCUAUCUUUUGCUUUAGAAUACCUUUUUCUUUUAUGAGUUGCACCUUUGUUACAGUAUGGGAUACUGAAGUAUAACACAGCAGAACCUAAACUUGAAAGUAUAGAGCUGUCAUUUUUGGCAUCUAAGAAUAUUUUGCUCCCCACCCCUUAGUAUAUCUAGAGCUCUCUAAUAUUUUUAUGUGUUUCUACACAUUUCAGCAGUUUCAUCCUCAAGUAUGAUUUUUCUGCAGAAUCUUUGUAAUAUCUGGUGUAUAUGAAUGGAUUGUCCUAAUCAUAAUUGGGCCCUCAAGACAUAAUGCACAGUUUACUUCUUGAAGUGACUGUUUGGGAACAUGUAGGUAUGGAACUGGUUAUCCACAUUUUUCUAGUGAAAAGUCCACAAUCAGGUUUACUGGAGGGUCCUGUUCUUAGAUUCAGCUCCAGAAAAACUGUGUGGAUUGCCAAAUCCAAAUUAACAUUUCUACCAGAAUAAAUUAUCUUAAUCCCAGGAUUAUCAGUUGUUAGGUUUACAUUAAAUCUGUCUAAUUUGUGAAUAAAUUGACUAACCAAUAGUUGUUUCUUUUCAUUUUGGCAGCCUACCACUUAAAAUAAUUUGUGUUUCAAAAGUUCUCAUUUAGAGUACUUGCAGGCAGGGUUUUCCCAGUUAUCCAGCAUGCUGAUUCAGCAUUCUUGAUAUCUACAGAACACAUAGGAAUUUUACUAGUCUAAGAAGUAGACCAAGAACUAGUAUGAUCUGUUUGGUUGAUCCAGUCCCACAGUAUAUGGGCAGUUACACAGAUGGUGUUCACAAUUGUUUUGUCUUGGAUUCUUUAUUUGUUGCUAUUUUACUUUUUACACAGGAGGCAUCUUGCGUUGAGACUGUGAAUAGUACAUUGUGUUUCCAACAAAUGGCAGCUGUACCUUGAAAGGAAGAAAUCACAAUAAAUGUCCUAACAAUGA